GUCAGUGCUUUGUUUACUAGCAGCAGUGUUUUCCGGCGUGGUCUGGCCCAUGGAGCUCGGGGAUGCGAAUACAUCUUGUUGAAAUGCACCAUCUGCUCCCCAGGGAUGGUUUGCACUGCAGACCUGGUCUGAAAAACUACCCGAAGAACCCAGACUGAGGCCCCCCUCAUGGAUGAGGCAAACGGGACAUCAUUUGUUGCUGAGGAGUCCUCCAACGCCUCAACCAGCGGGAACACCUCCGUCAGGGACCCACGCCGGGAAAUUCCCAUCGUGCACUGGGUGAUCAUGAGCAUCUCCCCACUGGGCUUUGUUGAGAACGGAAUCCUCCUUUGGUUCCUCUGCUUCCGGAUGAGAAGAAACCCCUUCACCGUCUACAUCACCCACUUGUCCAUCGCGGACAUCUCGUUGCUCUUUUGCAUCUUUAUUCUGUCUGUCGACUACGCUUUAGAUUACGAGCUGUCUUCUGGCUAUUACUACACAAUUGUCACGUUGUCGGUGACGUUUCUCUUUGGCUACAACACGGGCCUGUACCUGCUGACGGCCAUCAGCGUGGAGAGGUGCCUGUCUGUCCUGUAUCCCAUCUGGUACCGGUGCCACCGCCCCAAGCACCAGUCAGCGUUCGUCUGCGCCCUCCUGUGGGCACUCUCCUGCUUGGUGACCACCAUGGAAUAUGUCAUGUGCAUUGACAAUGAGGGACAGACCCACUCCCGGAGUGACUGCAGGGCCGUGAUCAUCUUCAUAGCCGUUCUGAGCUUCCUGGUCUUUACUCCCCUCAUGGUGGUGUCCAGCACCAUCUUGGUGGUGAAGAUCCGGAAGAACUCGUGGGCGUCCCACUCCUCGAAGCUGUACCUGGUCAUCACGGUCACCAUCAUCAUCUUCUUCAUCUUCGCCAUGCCCAUGAGGCUCCUCUACCUGCUCUAUUAUGAGUACUGGUCGACGUUCAGGAACUUGCACCAUGUCUCUCUUCUCUUCUCUACCAUCAAUAGCAGCGCCAACCCUUUUAUUUACUUCUUCGUGGGCAGCAGCAGGAAGAAGCGGUUCAAGGAGUCCUUGAAAGUGGUUCUGACCAGGGCUUUCAAAGAUGAGAUGCAACCCAGGCAUCCAGAAGACCACAGGGCCACCGCGGCAACCGAGACUGUUGUCUGACCGGCGGAAGGAGAUUGUGGACCAAACAGUGGGACGAAGAUGAGCUGCAGUUUGUACUUGGGAAUGCAACUGAAUACCCCCUAAAUAUGAUACAGAAGGACACCCUACCCCACAUGCAUGAGAUGCGAAUUAAUGCUGAGAUUGUACUCUUGUGCUGUACCUUCUGGAAAUGCCUGAAUAUGUGUCGAAACUUCAUCCUUUCUGUAACUUCCAAAAAAUUCCUUCUGUUCCUCUUCAGCUCUCCUGGAAGCAUUUCCCCAUGAACUAUAAAGAUUACUCCAGCAGGAAGGUUUAUGGGUGUGUACAGGCAAAGGCACAAGUAUUUGACGAACCUUGAAAAAGUAAAGCCAUAUCGUAGGAAGAACGUGAGUUUUGGA